GAAUCUCAAACACAUUACCAAAAUCUCUGUGGGUCGCACAUACUCAAUUUUUUUCAUCCAUAGAGAUGUUGUGUUCUCUUGAUGAAACAAUGGAUCGUCUGCAGUUGUUAUAGGAUCCUUUCGUAACCCGAGCUAUUUAUUUCAAGGGGUCAUGUGAUGUGAUCCGAGUUGGGCCACCACAUAAAAGCAACAGAUACCUCACCCCCCAUUGGGACUUAAUUCCAUCAUCGCCUACAGAUGAUCGGAGAAGCCAUGGGGGGAGAAGGAGAAGGGGAGAACAUACCAUUGCUCACAGAGCUUCCAAAAGCAUUGGAUGAAUCAGACGGCAACAACAAGAGAACGGGAACUUCUUGGACUGCUGUUGCCCAUAUAAUCACAGCUGUGAUAGGCUCUGGUGUUCUCUCUCUAGCAUGGAGCGUGGCUCAAUUGGGUUGGGUUGCUGGUCCCAUAGCUAUGGUGUUCUUUGCUUCAGUGACCAUGAUCCAAUCACACCUGCUUGCUGAUUGCUAUAGAUCACCUGAUCCUGAGCAUGGGCACAUCAGGAACCAUUCAUACAUGGAAGCUGUAAAACUGAAUUUAGGUGCGGGCAGAUUGUACCCUUUUGGACGGAGAUUUAGACCUUUUGGUACAACUACCAACGAGCACACCAAUGCAUGAAGGACGGUUUUGACAUAGUCAAUGGCAGAAACGUUAUUUCUACGGCAGACAACCUCAGUGAAGUAACUGAAACCAUGAGACUGUUUGGUUGCAAAAGAGCUGAGCUCUAAAAUAAAUAUAAAAUUUUAACUAUUUGAUUAAAAAAAUUAUUUUUAUUUAAAAAAAUAAAAAUAUCUCAAACUCUUAAA